AGGCGCGAGUCGACGCUCGAGCCGAUCGAGUCGAGUGCGCUUUCCAGUCCGCGUUCCCGACCCAUGAGCAGCUGGCGUGCACUGCGGAGGGCACCUUUGCCACUCGUUUUACUUUAAAAAAAAAUUAAUCUCAAACUCAAACGCGUCCCGAAUAACAUGACGUAAAUCUGACGUGACUACGUGCAAUACGCGCCGCUGUGUUUGUUGUGCUGUGUAUUACGGGAGGUGUGCGCGCGGUUUUUACGAAACUCUCGGCGGGAUAAAAAAAAAAUAACAGUUACUUUUUCAAAAAGGAUAGAAAAAUACUAGAACAAGAUGGCGGUGUUUGGCUUGGCGUCGGCGGUAGCGGGCUUCGUCAAAGUCCGCUACCUGAUCGACAAGGCUGUUAUUGACAACAUGGUUUUCCGGAUGCACUAUAGAAUCACUUCUGCAAUAAUGUUCCUAUGUUGUAUCCUCGUCACUGCUAAUAACCUUAUUGGUGAUCCGAUCUCAUGCAUCAGCGACGGUGCGGUUCCCGUGCAUAUCCUGAACACGUACUGCUGGAUCACUUACACUUUCACUCUGCCCUACAGCGGCCACAAAGGCGUGGCGCAUCCAGGCCUUGGCAACGAUUAUGAUUAUGGCGAGAAACGUAUCCAUUCUUACUACCAGUGGGUGCCAUUCAUGCUAUUCUUCCAGGGUCUUCUGUUCUACAUUCCUCAUUGGAUCUGGAAGAACUGGGAAGAAGGCAAAGUGCGUAUGAUAUCCGACGGCAUGCGAGGAACCACUGCCAUUAUUGCUGAUGACAAGACGAACCGCCAGAACCGCUUGGUCCAGUAUCUUCUUGACACACUUCAUAUGCAUAACGCCUACUCAUUCGGAUACUUCUUCUGUGAAUUUCUAAAUUUCAUCAAUGUUGUCGGCAAUAUUUUCUUCCUGGACACGUUCCUAGGCGGAGCUUUCUUGUCUUACGGAACUGAUGUGGUGAAAUUCUCCAACAUGAAUCAGGAGCAAAGAACAGAUCCUAUGAUUGAAGUGUUCCCAAGAGUAACGAAAUGUACAUUCCACAAAUACGGAGCUUCUGGAACAAUCCAGACACACGAUGCCCUUUGCGUCCUCGCUCUAAAUAUUCUUAACGAGAAGAUAUUCAUUUUCCUGUGGUUCUGGUUCAUCAUCCUCUCCAUUGUCUCUGGCUUGGCUCUCGUCUAUUCUGCAGCUGUCAUUCUUCUGCCAAGCACCCGGGAGACUAUUCUCAAGCGACGAUUCCGUUUCGGAUCUCCCAAUGGAGUUGAGGCUCUUGUUCGAAAGACUCAGGUUGGCGAUUUCCUGCUCCUACAUUUGCUUGGACAAAACAUAUCGCUCCGUGUGUUUGGUGAAGUACUAGACGAACUCGGCCGCCGCCUUCACCUCGGAUCUAACGCACCGUCAGCGCCAUCUACUUUAGAAAUGGCUCCAAUUUACCCUGACAUCGACAAGUUUUCUAAAGAGACCGAGACGUAAUGACACUUACAAAAUCUAAGAUAUACAAGCAAUACUUCCUUUAAAACAAAUAACAUUAAUAGAAACAAAGUGAUGGCUCUAGCACAUUUUUCGAGAGAACCUUGUGUUUUAAAUUUUAUGUGUAGGUCAUCUUUUGAAGUCUUCUCAAUUCCUGUGCUCGAGCUGUUUACAUCCCGGUGGAGGAUGGUAUUGCUUAAACAACACUACAUUUUUUCGCUGAGAAAAUUGACUUUUAUGAUAUUUUUCAGUACACGAAUUUUAAAAGUUCAUGACAUUCCUUAUUUUUAACUGUAGGCAAUCUUGGUAAUCGUACCAACAUGAAACCGCCGCAUUUGCCUUGCUAAAUAAAGCUUGAGCUUUAAAUAAGGUCUCAAUAUUAUUUAAGGCAUUUUGAUAAACUAACGUUAGUUAAAAUGUAUGCUUUAGGAAAAUUUUUAUGAGUGUGAUGAAUAUGAAUUUGACAAGUUACAUGGAAUGCGUUUACCAUUGUUACAAUUUCUUGCUGAAGACUGUUUUGUGUAGGAUUAAUUGGUUAUAACAUGACAACAUUGUAAUUUGUUUCUACACUGUAAUAUUGGUUAGUAGAUGUUGAAAUUUUAACAAAUCUAUAAGUAUACUUGUGAUUAGGUUAAUUGGAAUAGUUAUUUUAUUGGAUUGCAAUAAUACAUAUCACGAGCUCAAAUUUUUCCACGUUAAAAUAUUAUUUUUGUAUGUAACAAAAUGCAGUUAGUGAUAAAUAUUUUAUUCAAUACGAAUAUACAUUUUCCUAGAUAUUAUAUUUCCUAUGAUAAAAGACACGAAAAAUUUUUAAAGGCGUUUUAAAGUACAAACGGUUUCUAAUGUAUAGACAAGUGACAGUUUGACUUGCCUUUUUAAAACUUUUUUAUAAUUAGUUUAGUAUUAGGAUAAGAAAUUUGGUGCAAAAGACAAGGUGUUUAUUAUCUAGAAGAUAUUAGAUAUUAUACUCAAUUUACUCAAAAUAUUGUGCCAUUUAACAGGUAUUGUUUGGAAUUGUAACACCAGAAUUGCAUUUUCUAGAAAAUGUUUCCAGUUUGUUGAUUUUAUCAUUCCGUACUAAAUGUAUGUUUCCUAUGUAAUGUGUAAAGUUAAAGAGUACAUUUAAGUGGUUAUUACAGUCAAUUUAGCCAUAUUCAUUAAGGUAAAGAUAUAAGAUCUAAAUAUACUGCAGGACUUCCAAGAAUCUCGAAUAUAGCCUCUUCCGUUAGUAGCGUAAUAAUCCCCAGUAUACUAUAAAUUGUAUUCUAACUUUUGGUCCUAAGUAUUAUAAUUUGUACUAGAAUAAAAAUAUUUUUGUAUAACUACUGUAGUCUGCGUAUUCAAUGCAAAAUGUGCAUAAAUAUACUAUUUGUCUAGUUUUAAUAUGAAGUAUAUGUAUUUACUUGUUUGUUUUGCUGUAUUUACACAAUAUUCUGUAAACAUUGGAAGCUAAACAAAGCGAUAUCAAUUAUCAUUCCUAUAGUAAGAUUUUCAAUACUAAGCAAAUUGCUCUUUUGACGAUUCACUCGAAUAGUUUCUUUGUAUUUUUUUUGGUUAUAUUUUUUUCUUCGAAAUAUAAAAAUAAAUA